AUGGUUCGUAAGACUCAAGUUAGUAGCAGAGGAGUUGUAAUUCGUGAAAUUCCUGCUCCUGUUUCUCCAUUAUCAAAAAAGAGACGUGCUCAUGAUGUUGCAAAGCACAUCACAAAAAAACGGAACAAGCGAAAGCUUGUAAUAAGAGAUGAUUCCCCGGAGAAUGAUGGUGUUCCUGAUACUCCUAUGGCUUCAAGUUCUGCUACGGUAACUUCAACACCUAUAAUCUCUUUAGUUUCGCAUGUUUCUACCAUUUCGACUACUACAACCAUUCCAAUAGAAAUAUAUGUAACCAAGUCAUAUAAUGAGGAGGUUCCUAUUUCUAACAUCACUGCUAACGUAUUUGAUACGGGGGAAAAUGUUACUAUGAGUGUCAACUCUUCAUAG